AUGCUGGGCCAUUGCGGCCUGCGGAGCGUACGCGUGCGGCGACAGGCGCUGGCGGCGGCCGCGUUGUGCGCCACGCCCUUGCGCCCACAGGCCUUCGCGGCGGCGGCGGCCGCUCGCUCUCGGGGCGCCCCCUCUCGGGCGGCGUGCCCGCGGGUGCUGCUGCGCGCCACCCACGCCAUCGCGUCCAGCGAGGGCAUCUGGCAGGAACUCUAUUUCGCCCUUCGGGACAAGGACACUUUGGAGGUCAUGGGCCUGACAGCAGGGGGUGGCAAGAAACUUUUCAAGCGCAUGAAGGAUGGCGACAUCGACUUUGUGGACUUCUUGCUUGUG